AUGGCGAUAGAGAGGAGGAAGGUUGAUAGUGAGAGAAGAGAGGAGAUCGAGGAGAGCAAUGAUAUGGGCACAGAGGUGCUCCCGGCUGUUGACAACAAGGGCAAGGAGCCGGUUCAUGCAAUGCCCGAGGUGGUGCUGCCACCCACCGCCGAGGAAGAACCAAAGAUGCCAACGGUUGGCGAUGACGAGCGCAUGGAGGAGCCCCCCAGCAGCAAGCGCCGCAACUACGACCACUACCAUGAGGAGGGUGGCCCAAGUCACUUCUGCAAGCUCAUCCUUGCACCAGAGCUAGAGUGCAUCCCCAUGCCCUUGGACUUCACCAAGCACUUCGUCACGGUGCCGAUGGAGUUCAAGCUGAGGAACAACAUUGGUUUCUCCUGGAGGGUGACUGUGAAGCUGAUGAACGGCAGGAUUGUCUACAUGGUGAUGUUCAAGCUCCUAACUCCCAACACCCUCAAGGUCAUCAUCUUCGACGACGAUGGCAUUGAGGUGGUCAACAAGUACGGGAAGCACAACGAAGACUUCGCCGCCAGGUACUAG